GGGGAAACAUUGCUGGCGUGCUCGCAGAUGAGAACAUGACAGACUCUGUGAAUGGACCGACACCGGAGCCGGCGGACGGGAUCAAGCGGCCUCAGUUCGGUACCCGCUUUCUCACAGACCCGCGGGAAGUGUUUCAGCACAACGCCUGGGAUAAUGUGCAGUGGUCCAAAGAGCAGGAAGAUGCAGCCCGGAGAAAAGUGCAGGAGAACAGCGAGCCUGUUCCAGCAGAGAAACAAGAGGAAUUUGAGAAUAGAGCUAAUGAGUACUGGAACGACUUCUACGCCAUCCAUGAGAACCGCUUCUUUAAGGACCGUCACUGGCUCUUCACGGAGUUCCCCGAGCUCGGCCUUCAGCAUUCCCAGAGCUCAGGAGAAGGAACAACAUUAGGUGAGGAGCUUGUCCACAUGACAGCAAAGCUGGAACUGAGUGGUGAAGAGACGCACACGACAGUCACAGAAAAAGCAGCGGCGUUUCCUGGAGCCUCAGCUUCUUACCGCAUUCUGGAGGUAGGCUGUGGAGUUGGCAAUACAGUUUUCCCAAUUCUCAAGACAAACAAUGAUCCAGGCCUUUUUGUUUACUGCUGUGAUUUCUCCAACACAGCUAUUGACCUCGUCAAGUCUAAUCCGGAGUACAACCCAUCUCGAUGUCACGCCUUCGUCCAUGACUUGAGUGACGUCACAGCUGCUUAUCCAAUGCCAGAGCAGAGCCUCGAUGUCAUCGUUCUCAUCUUCGUCCUCUCUGCACUCCACCCUGAAAAGAUGCAAAGCUCUAUCAGUAAGCUGGCCAGUUUGCUCAAACCUGGAGGAAUUCUGUUACUGCGAGACUAUGGACGCUACGACAUGGCCCAACUGCGCUUUAAAAAGGGAAGAUGUUUAUCUGAAAAUUUCUAUGUCAGAGGAGACGGAACACGGGUCUACUUUUUCACACAAGAAGAGCUGCAUGAUCUGUUCUCUGGAGCUGGUCUGGAGAAGGUGCAGAAUUUAGUGGACAGGAGGCUGCAGGUGAACAGAGGGAAACAGCUGACCAUGUACAGAGUGUGGGUGCAGUGUAAAUACCGCAAAAACACAAAGGCUCUGCAACCUGCAGCACUGGACUGAGACAAGAAAGCACAGAACUGGAUUAGACAUCCUGUCAUUCUGCACUGGCCACAUGAUCAUGUUGAAUAUGCUUUUAAAUGAUUUUAAACAUUUAUAUUGGAAAAAUAAAGAUGGCACACUUUCCUUAAA